AUGGCGGAGCGGGCGCCGGAGCCCGAGGCGGAGGCGGAGGCUGAGGCGGGAGCAGGCGGGGAGGCGGCCGCCGAGGAGGGCGCGGCGGGCCGCAAGGCGCGGGGCCGGCCGCGGCUCACGGAAUCGGACCGGGCCCGGCGGCGGCUCGAGUCCCGGAAGAAGUACGACGUGAGGCGUGUGUACCUGGGCGAGGCGCACGGGCCCUGGGUGGACCUGCGGCGCCGCAGCGGCUGGAGCGACGCCAAGCUCGCCGCCUACCUCAUCUCGCUGGAGCGCGGCCAGCGUAGCGGCCGCCACGGGAAGCCUUGGGAGCAAGUCCCCAAAAAGCCAAAGCGGAAGAAAAGGCGGCGACGCAAUGUGAACUGCCUGAAGAACGUGGUGAUCUGGUACGAGGACCACAAGCACCGCUGCCCCUAUGAGCCACACCUGGCUGAGCUGGACCCCACCUUCGGCUUGUAUACCACGGCUGUGUGGCAGUGUGAAGCCGGGCACCGCUACUUCCAAGACCUGCACUCCCCGCUGAAGCCGCUCAGCGACUCGGACCCCGAGAGUGACAAAGUGGGCAAUGGCCUGGUGGCCGGCAGCUCCGACUCGUCCAGUUCUGGCUCUGGCUCUGACUCCGAGGAGCCCCCAGAGGGCCAGCCAACCAAGGCGACCGUGGCCACGGCGGCAGUCACGCCCACCAGCCCGGCAGGCAGCAGUGGGCUCAUCACACAGGAGGGCAUGCACAUCCCCUUCGACGUCCACCACGUGGAGAGCCUGGCUGAGCAGGGCACUCCGCUAUGCCCCAACCCCGCCAGCAGCGGGCCGGAGGCCCUGGAGACAGUGGUGUGCGUGCCCGUGCCCGUACAAGUGGGCCCGGGCCCCGGCACCCUCUUUGAGAACGUGCCCCAGGAGGCACUGGGUGAGGUGGUGGCCAGCUGUCCCAUGCCAGGCAUGGUGCCCGGGUCGCAGGUGAUCAUCAUCGCCGGCCCCGGCUACGAUGCCCUCACAGCCGAGGGCAUCCACCUCAACGUGGCAGCCGGCAGCACUGCCCCCGGAGGGGGCCUGGGCGAUGAGGUGCCCUGUGCCAUGAUGGAGGGCGUGGCUGCCUACACACAGACAGAGCCGGAGGGUGGCCCACCCAGUACCAUGGACCCUGCUGCCAUGACAGGCAUUGAGACCAAGAAAGAGAAGGAGGACCUGUAUGUGCUCAAGAAGGAGGAGAAGGAGGAGCUGGUGGCCCCUGAGAUGGCUGAGCUGGCUGCGACGGUGCCUGAGAGCACCGAGCCUGAGGCCGAGGCCGACGGGGAGGAGCUCGAGGGCAGCGACAUGUCCGCCAUCAUCUACGAGAUCCCCAAGGAGCCCGAGAAGAGGCGGCGGAGCAAGAGGUCGCGGGUGAUGGACGCCGAUGGCCUGCUGGAGAUGUUCCACUGCCCCUACGAGGGCUGCAGCCAGGUCUACGUGGCCCUCAGCAGCUUCCAGAACCAUGUCAACCUUGUGCAUCGGAAAGGGAAGACCAAAGUGUGCCCUCAUCCUGGCUGCGGCAAGAAGUUCUAUUUAUCCAACCACCUGCGGCGGCACAUGAUCAUUCACUCAGGUGUCCGUGAAUUCACCUGCGAAACCUGCGGCAAGUCUUUUAAGAGGAAGAACCACCUGGAGGUACACCGGCGCACGCACACUGGCGAGACGCCUCUGCAGUGCGAGAUCUGUGGCUACCAGUGCCGACAGCGCGCAUCGCUCAACUGGCACAUGAAGAAGCACACGGCCGAGGUGCAGUACAACUUCACGUGCGAGCGCUGCGGGAAGCGCUUCGAGAAGCUGGACAGCGUCAAGUUCCACACGCUCAAAAGCCACCCGGACCACAAGCCCGCCUGA